AUGGCCACCUCUGCCGGCCUAUCCUUGUUCUUGCUGCUCCUGGCCCAGCAGGAGGCGAGGGUCCAUGCUGAGGCCCAGGCUGUGGUGUGUGAUCGGAAUGCCUGCUACACCGCCCACUGGGGCAAGCUGAGCGCAGAAGAGGCCCAGCUCAACUGCAGCACCAAUGGGGGCAACCUGGCCACGGUAAGGGACGUGGAGGAGGCCCGCUCCAUCCAGCAGGCCCUGGCCCAACUUCUGCUGCCUGAGGCUCCACCAACUGUGCGCAUGGGCAAGUUCUGGAUCGGGCUGCAACGUGAGAGGGGCAAGUGCCUGAACCCCAGCCUCCCGCUGAAGGGCUUUAGUUGGGUGGGUGGAGGGGGCGACUCGCAGUACGCCAACUGGCAGAAGGAACUCAAGAGCACGUGCAUCUCCAAGCGCUGUGUGUCCCUGGCAGUGGACCUCUCCCUGCCACCCGUGGCUGGCCAUCUCCCCAAGUGGUCAGAGGGCCCAUGCGGGAGCUUUGGCAUCCCAGUAAGCAACACUGAGGGCUUCGUGUGCAAGUUCAGCUUCAAAGGCAUGUGCAGGCCGAUAGCCCUAGGGGGUCCAGGCCGGGUCACCUACACCACCCCCUUCCAGGCCACCAGCUCCUCCCUAGAGGCCGUGCCCUUUGCCUCAAUGGCUGCUGUGGCCUGUGGGGAUGAGGACAAGGAAGGGAGCCAUUACUUCCUGUGCAAGGAGAAGAGUGGUGACAUGUUUGACUGGGGUACCUCGGGGCCGCUCUGUGCCAGUGCCCAGCUAGGCUGCAGCUUUAACAACGGGGGCUGCCAGCAGGAUUGCUUUGAGGGAGGUGACGGCUCCUUCCGCUGUGGGUGCCGGCCGGGCUUUCGGCUCCUCGAUGACCUGGUGACUUGCGCCUCUCGGAACCCCUGCAGCUCCAGCCCCUGCACAGGGGUGGCCACAUGUGAGCCUAACGAGCUCGGGAUGGGUUACAGCUGCCACUGCCCUCCAGGCUACGAGCUGGACUCCAGUGGGCAGGCAUGCCGCGAUGUGGACGAGUGCCUAGCUGCACCCUGUGCGCAGCGGUGCUUCAAUGUCCCUGGGAGCUUCCACUGCACCUGCUGGGUGGGAUUUGAGCUCCAGGAGGGCCGAUGUCAAGACUUGGACGAGUGUGCGCUGGGCCAGAGCCCCUGUGCGCAGGCCUGCAUCAACACCGAGGGCUCUUUCCAUUGCUCCUGUGAUGAGGGCUACACAGCGGCCGGAGAGGAUGGCACCCAGUGUGAGGACUUAGAUGAGUGUGCGGACCAGAGGUCCAGCCCCUGUGAGGGCCUGUGCUUCAAUGUGCCCGGCUCCUUCCACUGUGGCUGUUUGGUGGGCUGGGAGCUGUCCCCUGAUGGGAUCUCCUGCAUUAUCGGUCCCACGUCACGUAGACCACUAGCAGGAGAGCCUGCCCCCCAGGAAGAGAAUCAAGGGAGCUCUGCUCCUUCUGACAUCACGUCUAGUUUCUCCAGAGGUCAUGGGACCACCACUGAGGGCGUGCUCACCACGAGAAAGACCUUCUUGCUCUCCAACACUCCCGUCGCUGUAGUCUCAUCCAAUACUCUGGUCCCCAGUGUCCAGAUAGAGCCCCGCACCAGCCAUCCCACAGCUUCUGGUGGUCUUACCGAAUCUUCAGGAGGGGAUUCUGUGGCAAAACAAAGUGAAGAUAACACUGAUGGGCAGAAACUGCUUCUGUUUUAUGUCCUGGGUGCUGUAGUGGCGAUCUUACUGCUCCUGGCUCUAGCCCUAGGUUUAUUGGUCUAUAGCAAGCGGAAAGUGAAGAGGGCAGAGAAGAGAGAGAAAAAAGCCACAAGUGCAGCUGAUAGUUACUCCUGGGUUCCAGAGAGAGCGGAAAGCAGGGCCAUGGAGAAUCAGUACAGGUAA